CUCCCCCAGCGCAGGAUGGAGGCCGUUGCCAAGUUUGAUUUCAACGCCUCUGGAGAGGAUGAACUAAGUUUUCACACCGGCGAUGUCCUGAAGAUUCUCAGCAGCCAAGAUGAAUGGUUCAAAGCUGAGCUAAGGAGCCAAGAGGGCUAUGUGCCCAAGAACUUCAUAGACAUUCACUUCCCCAGCUGGUUUCACGAGGACAUCUCCCGGCAUGAGGCAGAGAGCUUGCUCAUGGGCAAGGACGUCGGCUCCUUCAUCAUCCGAGCCAGCCAGAGCUCACCUGGGGACUUCUCCAUUUCUGUCAGGCAUGAAGACGAUGUCCAACACUUCAAAGUCAUGAGAGAUGCCAAGGGCCACUACUUCCUGUGGACAGAGAAGUUUCAGUCUCUGAACCAGCUGGUGAAUUUCUACCGGACCUCCUCCAUCUCAAAGCAGAAGCAAAUAUACCUGAGGGAUGGCAGCCGAGAAGAACAGGACCGGUGGGGUGGGAGCCUAGAACGACGGCUCCAGGAAGGGCUUCACGUCAGCGGAGGUGUUGGAGAAGAGACUCGUCCUUCAACAAAUAGGAAACAAUCUGAUCACCCUCCUGCCCUGCAAUCUCACUAUCAGACGCAGCAGCCAUCACCACACCAGCAGCAGCCAGUGCCACCACCGCCACAGCAGCAGCUGACCACAGCGGUGCCCCAGCAGUACCAGCAGCAGCAGCAGCAGCGGUACCAGCAUCACCAACUCCAGCAGGACCGUCGAGGCAACAGCUUUGACAACAAUGAGGGGCGGCGGAUGAACCCUGAGAUGAAUGCUGCCCUCAUGCAUCGGAGACACACGGACCCUGAGCAGCUACAGAUGCUUGGGGUAGGCGUCUGA